UAAUGAUUGAGGAAAUGGGUCAUUACAAACUAGUCCGACAACUAGGCAGUUUCUUUGCUCUGACUGCUGAAAUUUAAACGUAAAAGAGAAAAUAAUCGGCUACAGACCCUGAGACAGUUUCAUUUGUAGCCUGUUGUAGUGCUCACCGUUAUAUAAACGGUAAGCAUACUUUACAUUUGUACACGCUUUAGACUUAGAUUCUACAAAAUUAGGUUAACACUGAAGCUUUUAAAGUUUUACUAAGUACAAUGUAGGUAUAAACUUUUUAAAAAAAAAUAAUCUAUUUCUGCUUUCGUUUCUUUGGUUUGUUCAAGUUUUUUUUUUUUUUUAUGUCUCAAUGUUUACCAAUGUGAACGGAAAUUAGUCUGAAAUGCACAUGGUAUCUGGCCACUCAAACUUUAAUUAUAGGCUACAGGUACACUGGGCUACUUUUUUUCAGUGGUUCUUAAACUUUUUUCCAACCACCACCCUCUUGGGCCCUUACCGCAUCUGUUGAGCGUAAUUUUAAGAAUUCGUUUUACACUAGCAUCUUUGGUAGAUAAUUACACAAUGAUCAUAGUGACAUUAUAAGAAUAUUUUAAUAAUUAGGCCUAAUCAAAAUACAACUGAACCUUUAUACUUUAUUAUUAUUUAUUAAUUCAGUUCUAAGCUGAAUAGUUUAUUAUAGUUUAUAAUUAAAUCAAACAGUGCCUUGGUAAGAUAAUUAUUUAGCAAGAGUUUUAGGUACAAAACGGGUAAAUCUCAAUAUAAUCACUUUCCACCAAAUACAAUGAUAAGAUUGCUACAGGGAGCACUCCACUGUGGCGAAUAUGAUUAUAAAUGUCAUGUCAUAUAGUUGGAAGGUAAAACCCUUGGCCCUGGUACCAAACUGGUUUAAAAUCAUUUUUCCUAAAUAAGUAUAAGCCAAGACCUGCAACAAGUCCAAGUGCAUGAAAAUUUGUUUAAAACCCAGUUUGUGACUUCCAUCAACAUAAAAUUCUCAAAUUGCUCUACCAAAUAAACAUUUUAAAAACACAUCAUACAUUCAAACUCUGACUGACCUGCUAGUACAUUAGAAUAACUCUAGUUGGCUCUAUACUGAAUAAUGAGCACAGUUUGAUUUUUUAUAAAAGCAGGUCUCAUUCCAUUGCAAAAUUAUGAUAAGCAAUGUCUUGUGUGAUGUCUUGGAGUCUAUUCACCAUGAACAGCAUUGUUUCCAACAAACAUCAGUAAAAAGGAGCAACUUAUUCUGCAGUGCCUUUAACACAGCGCACCAGGAACAGUCAAUCAUUUCGAGCAUGUCUAAAAAGUUUUAGCAACCAGAAGUUGGCAAUAGAUGACACAAAGAAAAAUAGGGACAUUUGGCACUGAUUAUGGGCAGCAAUGAAUGUUUAGAGCCAGCCAUCAAUGUUUCUCCAUCAACUGCCACCAGUAGGCUUUUAAAAAUCUUUAGUAAAAAUUUUCUUAACCGACAAAUGUAAAUUUGUUGUUAUUUGUCUGCGGCUCAUUCGUAAAGCUCAAUUAGAACUACAAGCCUUAGUGUUUUUAACUCAUAGCGCUUACCUAAAUUUAUGCGUAUUGAUUAUAAAUGCCAGCAUAUCUGUUUAAAAUUAGAUCAAAUGGUCUUUUUCUCUUCUAGGUGUGUCAUGUUUCAUCUCAACUAAUUUGUCACAGACAAUCAAAACCAUAUAAAGGACCUAAACUUUCUUUGAAAUAUAAACAUUUAUUUAAAAAUAGGCCAUCCAAUAUAAUGCCCCCAACCCCUGGUCCCAGAACCCCUAAAAUUUAUCUUUUUUUUUUUUUUUUUUAGAAAAGUAGGCUACGUAGACUAGAGGUAGUCAUUUAAAAAAAUAAAUAAAUGCACUUUUUUAAAUAGCAAAUUAAUGAUAACCUAUUAUAAUUUCAACAACAUAUUUCCCUAUUUCAUUUAUACAUUUGCCUAUUAGUAACUAAUUUACUAAAAUUUAUCUUUUUUUUUUUUUUUUUUAGAAAAGUAGGCUACGUAGACUAGAGGUAGUCAUUUAAAAAAAUAAAUAAAUGCACUGUUUUAAAUAGCAAAUUAAUGAUAACCUAUUAUAAUUUCAACAACAUAUUUCCCUAUUUCAUUUAUACAUUAGCCUAUUAGUAACUAGUUUAUAAUGAUAUAAUAAUGUUUUACUGAAAUUGAUAAUUCUUACUACCACCCAAAAAAAUAAAUCAUUGAACCCCCCGCUUGCUACCUUGCAUUUACCACACUUCUUUUCCACAGAAAACACAUGUGUACGAGACACCAUUCUACAUCCCUCCAACCUGAUCUAUCUAAACACCCACAUCUUCCCCCAACACAAAUAAAAUUAAAUUGAUUUUCUCCACUAAAUGAAUUUAUUUUGGUCUUCACCAUGACUCACAUCUUUUAUUGCUUCUUUUCAAAAGAUUAAAUGUAAUGUGAAAUGCAGUUGUUUGUUGAUAUAUUUGAAAGUACAUUUUAAUUAAACUCUAGGCCAACUGGUUUUGUGUAAAUAUUGACUUUAAAUUUACUCAGGUAAAUAGUUAAAAGAAAGAGAAAAAAAAUCAACAAUGCCACUUGCCAAAGUUCCAGACGAGAGUGGGCACAUGAUGACUUUAAUCCCAUUCAAGGGGCAUUACUUUGGAUCACCUCAGUUCAAUGAGGAGGCUCUACUAAACAUGGAUGAAUUCCCCUUAAGAGAGGAUGACAUUGUGUUGUGUUCUUAUCCAAAAUCAGGUUAUUUAGUCUUUUAUUUACCAUGAAAUAAAUACAAGUGGUAGUACAUUCUAAGAACAUAUAAAAAAGUUUUGAAAUUUGGUUUAGGUACAAUUUUAUCUGUUGUGUUUUUUAUUGCCUUUAUAGUAUAUCUCUUGAUUUUUCUUUAAGUUAACUACACAAAUAGUUUUUGUAAAAAUUAAAAAAAGGCAGUACUGAAGCAAAAUUUUAAAAUAUUAAUUUACUCUGGUGGUUUUGAAUAUAAAUGCCUCUUAGGUCCUGAAAACUUAUUGGACUAUUUCAAUUUUGCCUGUAAAUUUUAAUUUCACAACUAAAUUUGACAAAAAUAUGAUUUUUAUUCCUCACCUCAGUAAUGCAUGUAAAUGGGUUGUUAACAGAUAUAUAGCAGAUGUUUUAAUUUUUACUAUAAUUAAUUGCAUAUUAUGCUACAAUCUUCUCAGACAAACUUUCUUUUCUCUUACAUUACAAUGGUGGCUCAAUUUUUCUUUAUUAAUGAUUUAAGGAAACAAUACUAAAUGAAUUAGAGUUGCAAAUCUCAUGAAUAACGAUUAGAAAUUUUCAACUAGUUAAAAAAUAAAAUUAUGUGCUCCAAUUUAUAACAAUUUAUUUCACUAAUUGAUAUAUCAUGUUGUCACAGGUUGUCAUUGGGUAUGGGAUAUUAUUCAUAUCCUUGUGGCAGGUAAAAUUCCAAGUGAUGAAGAGAUCAUAGACAAAGAGGCAUUUAUGAUGGAGUGGCAACCCAGCAUUAGCUAUGACUCCCUGCCCUCACCAAGGGUACUCAAUAACCAUAUGACAUUCAACAUGCAACCAAGGGACCUCCUGGCUAAGAAGGUCAAAACUGUAUUUAUUUACAGGAAUUUCAAGGAUGUAGCAGUUUCAUUUUAUCAUCAUCACACAGGAAUCCAUGAUUAUGAAUACAAUGGAGACUUUGGCAGUCACUUAAAAAGAUGGGUGGCUGGCCUCAGUGAGUAAUUUUCAGCUAUUUCAUAAAUUGUUAUAGCAUAAUUGAAACGUAAUCGAAAGCUUUAGCAUAUAUCUUGCAUAUUAUAUGCAUAGAUAGAUUAGAUCAGCAUUCCCCCAAAAUAGUGUUUCACUGACCGCCAACGAUCUGCAAGCCUUAUAUUGUCCAUCCGCAAAACUUGAAUAUUUGUGGUCAAAUAAAUAAAAUAUAAUACAUAAAUCUGGCACAGGUUCAUUUUCCAAACUUGUCCACCUGUACACCAAACUUAAAAUUUGGGAAACAUUGGAUUAUAUUGUAUUCAGUUGGUCCUGUUAGAGCGGACAAACAAUAAAUUUGGAGUGCAUCAUCAUCAUCCUUAGCUGUAUUUAGGUGGAACAAAUUGAAGGAAUUUAGCUGAGAGUGCUUUACUAUCCUGUGGAAAGUUAACUAAAGAUAGCUGAACUAAAAUGUCUGUUUUUUAAAACGCAUAGCCACUGUUAUUUUACAAAAUGCUAUGUGACUGAACAAAAUCCUGAACAUGGUCCUGUUUGUGGAACGUUCUGGGUUAGGUGUCUUGACACAGCAUUUAUUAUUUAAGCAUGAUAAGAUUUUUAAAAAGUUUAUUUAUUACAUUCUACAGCUGACAGUGGUUCACCGUUUAUUUACACACAGGGAUGGGAAAAGGCUAUUGCAGAUCAUCCAGAGCUGCCUGUAUUUAUGAGCUCCUAUGAAGACUUGAAAGAGGUUAGAAGUGGUUAAAAAGACGCCCACGCCAAUACACUCUCCACCAUAAAAAUAAAUGUACAGAGUGAACAUAGUACACAUGACUGUACACAACACCAUUUGACCACACACCACAAUGCAAAUCAACUUUGUAUAUCAACUUGCAAGUCACUGAACAUCCUUGUAAUAAAUUACAUAAUAGUUCUGUAACAUGCCAAAACAAAAAAAGAAGAGAUACUGAGUAUUUUAUUUUUUAAUGCACACACAUUUUGUUUCUGUUCCCUUAUCAAUAAUUAUGAAGCUCGUAUCAGUGAUAUGUACUGGCUCAUGUUAUUCUUACACUGUGAGCAUUUAUAAUACUAAUAAAUUAAUGAAAUGUAAAAAUGAAAGUUUUGUUAUCUAAAGUUCAAUCAGAUGUUAAAAAGGCAAUACGGUUCUAUAUCUACUUAUAGUUUAAUUAUGUUGUACAUGCUCACGACUAUUAAUUUUUUUCCUUCAAUCUUUAGAGUAACUUAGAAGAAGUUCGAAGGUUGUCACAAUUUUUAGGUUUUAGCUACCCAGAUGACUUCCUCAAACAAGUAUGUGACAUUACCGAUUUUUCAACAAUGAAGGCGAGGAAGGGAGAUAAAUCAUUUAAGAACAAGCAGGGCCAGCCAGUCAUGUAUAGAAAAGGUAACUUUUUUUAUCUUCAUAAAAAAAUAUGAUAAUAACAUUAAAAAUUCAUUAAAUAAAAUGUGUAUUUUGUUGAAAAAACAUUUUGAUACACCCAAAAGCAAAUUUUAAUUAUAGUAAUUAUUUGGGAUCAUUACAUUAAUCACAUUAAUAUUAAGUGUAAAUUAUUGUUUUAACUUUAAAUGCUUGACAGUUAAUAUUGAUGAUACAUUUCUAAAAAUGAGACUAUUCUAAAAUUACAAUAAAAUUUCUUAUUACUACUAAAACAUAAUUUGAUGCAUCAAAAAAGAAGCACAGGUUAUAACUACUUUGCAUCUGUAGUGAUGAUGUCAUUCUGAUUCUAAACUCAUACAUUUUUUCAACUUCAUUUUUAUUAUUAAUAAAUCACUUUAGCAAAGGGGGAACAAGAAUCUACCCUUUUAUUUAAAAGCAGCACUAUGAUUUAUUUUAAACAUACACUAUGAGUUAGUGACUCUUACUUAAGGAAGGUAAAGAUUUAGAAACUUAACUCAGUGGUAGAAAUUUUGUUUUCCCAGCUUUUCAAAAAAUGAUUUUUAUUUCAGAUGAAUUUAGGCCAGCCAUUUAUAAUUUUCCCUUCCCUAAAUCUACAUAAGCAUAAAAAUUAAAAUAUUCUUCAUUUUAAUAUCAUAACAAAAUUCAAUAAUUUGACUGACCACAUUGCUUAGGAUUUAUGAAUUUAGAUUGAGAGAAAUCUUUAAAAAAAAAUUCUUUUGUCUAGGUCAAGUUGGAGAUUGGAAGAACGAGUUUACGGUGGCACAAAAUGAGUGGUUUGAUGAAGUCAUUGAGAGAGAAAUGGCUGGAUCUAAGUUAACAUUUAAAUAUACAUUGUGAUUACAGCUUGAGAUUAUUUUUAGGAUAUUUAUCCUGAAUUUUUUCAUCAUGGGUUUGGUGAGCUGGAAUGGCUAAUGAGUGCUUGGUCAGGAUUCAUUUUGGUCAUUUUUAUUUAUGAUGUUAAAAAAGUGUAUUUUAUCACUCAUCAAUUUCAGCACUCAUCUGAUUUUUUUAUGACCAAUUUUAAACUGUGAGCAACUGAUGUAGUUUUAUUAUAUAAUUGUUAUUUUAUUUAUGACAUUAUAUAUUAUAUGUGGUGUAGUGUGACAUAUAUUGUUUUUAAUUGCCAUAUUUUGCCUGAGCUAUUUUUUUGUGUGGGACUUGGUAAUAAUUAAUUACCUUGUCAGAUUAUUGUUUCAUGUCCUUUAAUGGAACAUUUUUUGAGAAUCUUUUAUUAAGAAAACCAAUGACUUUGUUGUCUGCAACAGUUGUGAAAUAACACAACCUGCUUGUAUGCAUGUUAGCAAAUUACUUAUAAUUUUAUUUACAAAUGUUUUGUCAUAAAAUUGCAAUGAAAAAAAUAUGUUUUAUUAUAAGAUGGUAGUAUAUAAAUUAUUAAAGGAGUUGGAAAACAGUGUUGAGAAUUGUCAUGUUACUUCCCUGAUUCCCCUGCAUACACAAGCAAAACUGACAUUUUCAUGCAUGUGAAUGAUCCCUAAAGUAGAUUUCUUAAACAGG